AUGACAAGUAGAAGAAUUGAGCAUUAUAAGGGAGAGGUUCAGAUGGUCAGAAUGCCUAGAAGGGCCCAUCGCAAUUUUUUGACACCCCGAACUCCAAAGCUGGUCACAGAAGAGGAAGUAAACCGAAUGUUAACACCCUCGGAGUUCCUGAAGGAAAUGUCCCUGACCACGGAGCAGAGACUAGCUAAUACAACAGUCAUGUGUCGACCACAGAUUGUUGAACUUUUAGAUAUGGGAGAGACAACACAUCAAAAGUAUUCAAAAAUUGACCUGGAUCAGGCACUCUUCCAGCCCUUUCCAUCAGAAAUUAUCUUUCAGAACUACAUGCCCUGUGAAGUCUAUGAAGUUCCACUGGUUCUGAGGAACAAUGACACAAUUCCAAGGAUGGUGAAAGUGGUUGAGGAGAGUUCACCUUACUUCAAAGUCAUCAGCCCCAAGGAUGUGGGCCACAAAGUAGCUCCCGGAGUGCCUUCUACAUUCAGAAUCCUCUUCACUCCAGAAGAGAACAAGGACUAUGCUCACAUGUUGACCUGUGUUACUGAAAGAGAGAAGUUCAUUGUUCCUAUCAAAGCUAGAGGUGCACGGGCCAUCCUAGACUUUCCUGAUACACUUAAUUUUUCGACUUGCCCUGUCAAAUACAACAGUCAGAAGACUCUACUGGUACGCAACAUUGGCAACAAAGAUGCUGUGUUUAACAUUGAAACUCAGAGGCCUUUCUCCAUAGAACCAUCCGUUGGAACUCUUAAAGUAGGAGAGGCCAUGCAGAUGGAAGUCCAGUUUGAACCACAAACCUUGGGGAAUCACAGUCAAAGACUUAUUGUGCAUUACGACACAGGUGAAGAGGUAUUUGUGUCUUUGUAUGGAGCUGCCAUAGACAUGAACAUAAGGCUGGACAAGAAUUCCUUGAUAGUUGAGAAAACCUACAUAUCUCUGGCGAACCAACGAAUUAUAACCAUUCACAACCGCAGUAAAAUCAUUGCCCAUUUCCAGUGGAAAAUGUUUGCAACUCAGGAAGAUGAGGAAAGAGAAAAGCAUAGAGUCUGUGAUAAUCUGACCCAAGAAGAACAAGUAGAAGCCGAUGAGUUUCUUAAAGAGUGCAACGUUGAUCCUUCACUGCGGGAACGUCUUUCCAUUCUCUCCCGCACCUUCGAGAAUCAGAGAAGGCAGGUUCAGACAGACAGCAUGCUCUUCUUAAGUGGCAUUUUCACCAUUGAACCCUUGGAAGGUGAUGUCUGGCCCAACACGUCAGCUGAAAUAAUUGUGUAUUUUAACCCCCUGGAAGCUAAGAUCUAUCAACAGACUGUUUACUGUGAUAUAUCAGGCCGAGAGAGCCGUUUGCCCCUUCGAAUCAAAGGUGAGGGCAUGGGGCCGAAGAUUCGGUUCAACUUUGAAUUGCUGGACAUUGGGAAAGUCUUCGUUGGAUCUGUACAUUGUUAUGAGACAAUACUAUCCAACAAAGGAAGCAUCGAUGCCCUCUUCAACCUGAUCCCUCCAGUUUCAGCCAUCGGGAAGUGCUUUAUCUUCAGUCCCAAGGAAGGUAUCAUUGAACCAAGUGGCGUCCAGGCACUCCAGAUCUCCUUCAGUUCUUCCACACUGGGGCACUUUGAAGAAGCAUUUCUGUUCAAUGUCAAUGGGUCUCCUGAGCCCGUGAAGCUGACCAUUAGAGGCUGUGUCAUUGGACCUACCUUCCAUUUCAAUGUUCCUGCUCUGCACUUUGGCGACAUUUCUUUUGGGUUUCCUCGUACUUUGAUAUGUUCCCUCAAUAAUACCUCUUUGGUCUCCAUGACAUUCAAACUACGCAUUCCUGGGGAUGGUACUGGCCAUAAAAGCCUUUCUAGUUGUGAGAAUAGCCUAGACCAAACAAGACCAGCUUUGGACAAGAAAGCAAUACCCUCAAUGAAGCCAAAAGAAUUUACCAUCACCCCCGACUGUGGCACCAUUCGCCCCCAGGGGUUCACUGCUAUUCGGGUGACCUUAUGCUCCAACACAGUGCAGAAAUAUGAGCUCGCCCUGGUAGUAGAUGUGGAGGGCAUUGGAGAGGAAGUGCUGGCGCUUCUAAUUACAGCCAGGUGUAUUGUGCCCACCCUGGAACUGGUGAAUUCAAUGGUGGAUUUUGGGCACUGCUUCCUGAAGUACCCGUAUGAAAAGACCAUGGAGCUGUCGAAUAAGAGCCCCCUCCCAGGAUGCUACGAAGUGCUGCCACAGGUGCUCCAAGACACUUCUCCAGCUGUGGUGCUCUCAAGUCCCAUCCCCCGUGCCGUCAUCCCUGCCAACAGCACAAUCCAUAUUCCUCUGGGCCUGGAGGCCCAGGUCCUUGGGGAGCACUUGUCCACCGUGAGCAUCUGCACCUUUGGGAGCCAGGAGCCCCCCUUGAUCUGUAAUGUGAAAAGCUUCGGAGAAGGCCCAGUCGUCUACAUCCAUCCGAUGGCACUGGACUUUGGAAGCAUCUAUGUCCUGCAGGACUCCUCCAGGGUCCUCAACCUAUGCAACCAGGCAUUCAUCCCUGCCCCGUUCCGGGCGUACAUGGCACACAAAAAGUCCCUGUGGACGAUUGAACCCAGCCAAGGCCUGGUCCCCCCGGAAACCGACCUUCAACUGACCCUGACUGCCAAUCUGAAUGAUAUAGUGACAUUCAAAGACACCGUCAUUUUGGAAAUUGAAAAUAGCAACACCUACCGGGUGCCUGUCCGUGCUUUGGGCUUUGGUUCCACCAUUGUCUCCAACAAGCCCUUUGCUCCAGAACUCAAUCUGGGCGCACACUUUAGCCUGGACAUCUUCUCUUACCACUUCAAACUGACCAAUAAGGGACGUCGGGUUCAACAGCUGUUCUGGAUGAAUGAAGGUUUUCAACCCAAGGCCAAGCUGAGCAAGAAGUCCCUUGCCAAGACCAAACUGAGAAAGAGCCAUGGCUCACUCCAGAGCUCCAAGGAGUCCAAAGACCCUGAGAACCCCAUCUUUCAGAUUCACCCUGUCAGGAUGGAGCUGUACCCAGGCCAGACAGUCAACGUGACUCUCCAAGGCUACUCUACUAGACCCAGGAGAGUCGAAGAGCGUCUGGUGUGCCAUGCAGUGAUUGGGACACAGGGGGGCAAGACCCUGAUAAUGGCUGUGAAGGUUACCUGUGAGUUCAUAGCUCCGCUCCUCCAACUCUCCACCAAGCAUGUCAACUACCGCCUGGAAAAGACACCCAGCUGCAUUCUGAAACCCGAGUACAAGCCCUUGGUCAUGAAGAAUGUUUCCAGCCUGCCUUUGAAUGUUCUGCUUUCCUCCACUGGCCCCUUCUUCAUCUGUGAGAAUGAUAAAUCUCCACUGCCCAUAACUCCUGAGCCUAUUCUACUUGGCCCUGAGGAGAAAAAAAGCCUGCUGAUCAAGUUCAACCCUUCCUUCAAAACUGACUUGAACAACUGGGUGUCAGAGGAAAUUCUGUUCAUCAAGUACCUAGAGCAUCCCCAGGUGGACUGCGUGAGUCUGCGCGGGGAAGUGUGCUACCCCAACCUCAUCUUUGAGAGCACGGAUGUGAACUUCGGCUGCAUCCUGAACGACACAGAGGUCAUCCGCUACGUUACCAUCACCAACAGCAGCCCCUUGCCAGUCAAGUUCCGAUGGUUCUUCCUGGUGGAUGACAAGGAAAAGCACAUCAGGUUUAUGAGAAGCCCAGUGAAGCCUUACAGUGCCACCAUGUCCCAGGCAGAGUCUGUGACAACCCCCUCAAUCUGCUCCCAAGUCCUCCCCAUACUUGACUGUGUGGAUAUCAACAUCAAUGACUACAUCAAGACUAUUCUUGUGGAUGAAGAGAUGGUGUCUGAAGAAAGAGAACUCAACAAGACUAAAGGGCCAGUGAUAACAGUGUCAGAAACAUCAAAAUUGAACUCUGAUGAAAUAGAAAGAGUAAACCUAAGCCAGAACCAGCUGGAGUUACAGGACUACAUACAGAUCUUUCAGCAUGAAGAAUCGUUUCCCAUUGGAAUAGAAGAAGUCUUUGAUAUCUUGCCCCUCUAUGGGGUGCUGCCGCCAUUCUGCACCCAACAGAUUUCAUUCACCUUCUUUGGACACUGUGACAUCAUCGCACAGGCUAAAGCUCAAUGUGAAGUGGAAGGAGGGCCCACCUACGAAGUCACCCUCCGGGGAGAGGCAUCCCUCAUUAGCUAUUCCUUUGAUACCAAGGAGAUCAAUUUUGGAUUACAGCUCUUCGACCAUGUCACCAUGAAGGAAAUCACACUGAGGAACACAGGCCAAGUCAGCUUCGAGUUCAAGGUUCUGACUAAACAGCAGUCCACCCCAGAUAACCUACUUCCAGGAGAGCCAUUGCUCCUGCCCAACUCGGCUUUUGUCGAUUCCCACAAAGAGACGAAGCUGAAGGUUUACUACUUACCUGGAAUACCUGAAGUCUUUCAAAGGAGUUUCCAGAUACAGGUUGCCCACCUGGAACCAGAGAAGAUCACUCUGAGUGGAGAGGGAGUCUUCCCCCGAAUCUCCCUUGACCUCCCGAGAAACCUCAGAGGAGCUGAGAAGUACCAAGUCUUCUUGAGUCAGGCUCAAGAAAAGAUAGAGAAAGAGUACAGCAAGUAUGAGAUGUUUGAAAACUUGGAGAUCACAGAGGAAAUGCUGGAGGAUGAAUCUUCAGAGAUAAGUGCUCAGAUCCAGAUGGAAGUAGAACGACUUAUAGUGCAAGACUAUGCCAUGGAACAUCAGAAAGUAGUCCGGGGUCCCACCGAGGACUUCAGUCAUUGGAGUUACCGAAAAUUAUCCAAGGUUCAUCUGCCAGAAUAUAUCCUGGAUUUUGGCUACAUCAUCCUUGGGGAUGUCCGAACCCACAUCGUCAAGAUCACUAACACCAGCAACUUCCCCGUGUCUUUCCAUGCAGACAAGCGCGUCCUUCAUGACACGGGUUUCAGUACAGAACUCGAUCGGGUCAAGAACCUGCCUUCCUGUGAAACAGAAACCUUUGAAGUGAGACUUGAUACCCAAGGACCCACUGCCACUAUGGGGAACAAAGAAGCCUUCCUACCCAUUAAGGUAGUGGGAGGACCCACUGUUCCUGUCUGUCUCCAAGCCAAGGUGCUCAUCCCUACCAUGACACUGUCCUGUGGGAAGGUGGAGUUUGCCACAAUCCAGUGUGGAUUUUGCCUCGUGGAAACCAUUCAGCUCACCAAUCAGCAACAAGUCCCUUGUGAAUGGUUUAUCAGCGUCGAUAAGCCUGUGAACAAGCUGGAGAAACACAUUCCCAAGUACUUAAGACGAAGACUGCAUUCUGAGUUAAAGCCAAAAGUGCGGAUCUUUGAGAUCCAGCCCACUUCUGGAAUCUUGGAUCCUUUUGAGAAGUCCAACGUGCAAGUGAAAUUCAUACCCAAAGAGGAGAAGUUCUACAGUCAAACCCUGAUGUUCCAGAUCGCCCAGAGCUCCCAGAAGAUCCCGCUGCUGGCUCAGGGCAGUGGUCUUGAGCCACGCCUGGAAUUUAACCCCUCGAUUCUGGAGCUGGGACCUCUGUUGCCUUUCGCCCCUGGAGACGAGGCCGAGGUGGUGGUGAAGAAUCCCUGCCACUUCCCCAUCGAGUUUUAUUCCUUAGAAUUUGACCCUCAGUAUCUGCUGGAAGAGAAGAUCCUUCGGAUGCUGAAGGGCUAUGAUUCCUACAACACCUUGCUGCUGCCACCCCGCCUGCCCGGAGAGAAGCUGCCUCCCGAGAUAUAUGACUACUACAGGGAGGUGAAGCGCUGUAAAGAGGAGCAGAUGAAGGUCAAAUACCUGGAGAAUCUGUCCCAGGAUAAUGACGAUGAUGAACUGCUCUUUUCUGAUCAUGGGACCUCGGCCAGCACAAAGCGGACGUCUGUGAGCCAGGGUUUCUCCAUCAUGUCCAACCCAGAGGAGCGGCACAUCCCUCUAAUCGACGCCAGAAUCUUUACUGAAGAAGAGGACGAUGAGGAAAGCCUGGAGAAAAUGUUCCAAGCAGAUAAAGCUCAGAGUAUGGACAGUCACUCCACAGAUGAUGCAGGAGAAGUGGACAACAACCCAGUGAGCAAGGCCAUCGCCCGCCACCUAGGCAUCGACAUCUCCCCUGAAGGCCAACUGGGCAAGAACCGCAAAGGCAUUGCCAUCAUUGUCCAUGGGACGCCCAUGUCUGGCAGGUCUGCCACUGCUGUGAGCCUGGCCAAGUACUACAAUGCAGCCUGCUUGAACAUUGAUGCUGUCAUGCUCGAGGCCAUCUGCGACAGCAACAGCUUCCCAGGCAUCCGGGCCCGAGAGCUCUGCAUCCGGGCUGCCAUCGAGCAGUCCUUGAAGGAAGGAGAAGAAUCUGCCCAAGAGGCUACUUCAGGCCAAACGCGACUGAGCAAUGAGACCUUGGGCAAGCUGACCUCAGAGACCACACUGAUUUCGCCGGAAAUGAGGCCUGGCAAGUCAAUGCGUGGCAGUGUGAUGCUUACUAAGAGCAAAAUGGACAGCCACACCGCUGCAUCUCAGAAGCAGCAUCACCUGCACACCUCUGAAACCCCACAGGUUCCCUCGAGCCCUCUGCCCCUGGGGCCUACGCAGCGCCGGCUCAGCGUCAGCACCAGCAUCGGUGGUGAGACGGGGCUCAUGAGCUGUGUGCUCCCAGAGGAUCUGUUCGUUCAGAUCAUGUCCGAUCGCCUUGAGCUGAGCGACUGCUACCGAGGGGUAGUGUUUGACAGCCUGGACACACUAUUCGCCCGCAACAUGCCAAGUGCACUCCUCUCCCUACUCAAAGCCAUUGGUAACCGGGAGCACAUCUACCUGCUCAACAUGGCCCAGGACUACACAGCCAUGAAGGCUCAGGAGAAGGCCAAGAAGGAGCAGGAAGAGAACAAACGCAAGGAGGAGCUGGAGAGAGAGAAGGCGCGCCUGCAGAACAUGGAUGAGGAUGAGUAUGAUGCCCUAACAGAGGAGGAGAAGCUCGCCUUCGAUCGGGAGGUGCAGCAGGCGCUUAAGGAGAGAAAGAAAAGGGAAAUGGAAAGGCUGGCGAAAGAGCUGCAGGAAAAGAAGCUGCAGCAGGAGCUAGAGAGGCAGAAGGAAGAGGACGAGCUCAAGCGGAGGACCAAGAAGGCAAAGGGGGUGAAGGAUGAACCACAGCCCAAACGGUCACAUGCCGUGGUCAGCCGCCAGGUAGGGCCUUCAGGAUCAGUGGAGGUUAAGUCUGACACACUGGAAAGGAAAGUUUCUGUCCGAGAGCAGAGCCAAGCUGAGAAAGAAGAUCUCAAGAAGAAGAAGAACCAGCUGGCAGAGAUCAACCUGAUGGGGGUCCCAUUGGCCCAGGAACCAGAGGAGAGCGAGAUCGACCUCACCAAAGACAGUGAAAAGUCCCUGGCGCAGAAAUUCAGGGACUAUGAACUGACCCUGAAAGACGUCCAGAAUCUGCUGCUCUCCUGGGACCGAAAGCAGUGCGUGCUCCUGCCGCAUGCGGGCAUCGCGGGCAUCGAGGACUUGAUCCACGAGCCCGACGACCAGCGGCAGGCUCCUUCGGGGGGCCGCAGGGGCCGCAAGGACCGCGAGCGCGAGCGGGCCGAAAAGGAGCGAGCCGAGAAGGAGCGCCAGGAGCGCGAGAAGGCCGAGCGCGAGCGCCUGGAGAGGCUGCGUGCACAGGACAAGGACAGCGACGGCUGGGAGGUCGAAGGCGAGGAGGACCACGAAGGCAAGAAAGACCUGGGCGUGCCCUUCAUCAACAUCACCACUCCCGACCCCGAGGGUGUGAACUGGAAGCAGGCCCUGGAGAAUGAGCGGCUGCCCCAGGCCGAUCAGAUUCUCGACAUCCUGGGCCUAGGCUCUGCAGGACCCCCCAUCCCACCUGCAACCCUGUUCUCCAUCGUUCCCUACCCCGUGAAGCGGCAGCCUCUGGCCAGCUUGGAUACCCUCAAGCAUUUUGUGUUCAUCAAUCCAUCCUCUGAUGAUUCGUCCCAGGAGGACAAACGGGAGAUAGACUUAGACCCUGAACCGGCCACACCCUCAAACUCCAUUAAGCUACCAGAGGACCAGAGCGCCUUGCAAAAAGGCAGCAAACAGAAGCAGAAGGAAAAGCAGGAGCAACUUCGUGAAGCUCAAAAGGAAAAACGCCGUCUCCCAACCAAUAGGAAGACCUUUACUAACAACAUCUCGGGACCCCUCGCCACCCUGUCGGACAUAGACCAGAACAGCCUCACCACGCAGCAGUCCCAGGAGAAGUUCCUGAGAUUGUCUCAGUUCCGGUGGGUUGUGCCCCCCAAUGGCGAGGUGACCCUGAGGAUACACUUCUCAUCAGGCGACAUUGGCAACUUUGACCAGACCUUUAACUUUGAGAUCCUUGGUACCCACCGCCUGUACCAGCUCUACUGCCGGGGAAUCUGCAGUUACCCCUACAUCUGCUCAGACCCAAAGGUGGUUUUCUCUCAGCGGAAGCCUGACAUCAAGCCUGAUGAGGUCGUCUUCAAGAAGUACGUGGCAAGCACAGAUAGGUUCUACUUCGGGCCACUGCUUUGUGGAAAAUCAAGAGACAAGUAUAAAACCUCACUGUUCCCCGGCAACUCUGAAACGCUGACCAUCCUGAAUGACUCGCCCAUGCUGUCCGAGGUGUUCUUCUGCUUCCAGAAUGAUGUCAAGGCAAACACCUAUUUUCUGGAGCCCAUGAGCAUGGUGCUGAAGCCUGGCGAGUCACAGCUGCUGAACGUGUGGGCCUACCCGACGGCUGUAGGAAACUUUGAGGACUACAUCGUCUGCUGUGUCAAGGAGAACCCUGAGCCCACCCUCUUCAAUAUCUGCUGCCAGGGUGUCCGCCCUGAGCUGGAGCUGGAGACCAAGCAGCUGCACUUCGACCGGCUUCUGCUACACAGACGAGAAACCAAAGUAAUCGUGCUCCGAAACAUCACACCUUUGCCUGCCGCCUGGCGCAUAUCCAGCAUGGAGCAUCUGGGUGAAGACUUUACCCUGCCCGUCAUGCAGGGGACCGUCCCCCCCAAAGGAGAGCAAAAUAUGAUCGUGCACUUCCAGCCCUCCAAGCCCGUCAGCAUCAAGAAGACUCUUCGGAUGGAGAUCCUGGAUGUUGACAACCUUGUUGGGAUUGUGCAGGUGGAGAAUGUCAUGUUGUUUGCAGAGUCUUAUGACAUAGCCUUGGACAUUGUCUUCCCAAAAGGAGCUGAAGGUGGUCUCGAUUUGGGGACAGUGAAGGUCAUGGAGGAUAUAAAGCAGCCCCUGCUGCUGAAGAACCGUGGGAAAUAUGAGAUUAUGUUCAGCUUUUCUGUGGAUCCCGUCGGGGCUCCCACCAACAUCAGUUCCAUGAUCUCAGUGCAGCCCAAGAAGGGCUCACUGACCACCAUGGAAAAGCCCGUGAAUGUGCAUGUGCACUUCCGUGCCAAGAAGGAAAUGCGGAUUGAGCAUCAACCCAUUUUGCGCUGUCAGAUCAUUGAACCCAGCAUGGUGGAAGGAGGGGAGAUUAUUGCCAGUAUCCCCAUCAAAUUCUCUGUGAAUGCCGUCUACUCCAAGUACAGCAUCAACCCCUCCACUAUCAUCAACUUUGGAGCUCUCAUCUAUGGCACUCGGAAGAGCAGCUCCUUCACCAUAGAAAACCAGGGGGUGACAGAUUUCAAGUUUGUCCUGUUCAGAAUGACUGGAGAUAUCCCCAUGUAUCAGAAGAAAGGGUAAGCCACAUGCCACAUGCGGAACCCCCGGUCUCGGGAAAGUGAGAUUUUCCAUAAGAGUAGUUCGCUCAAAGCAGCCAAGUUCUCUGAGUCAAUGGCCCGGGAGGUAAACAUCCCAAACCAGGCUCGCUUCACCUCAGGCAUGUUCACCGUGUACCCUGGCUUUGGUGCCAUCAUGCCAGGAGGGUCACAGGUCAUCACUGUGGACUGCCUGGCCGACCCUAUGGGGAGGUGUGAGGAGUAUGUCGGCAUCGAUAUCUCUGACCGAGACCCCAGGGACCAGCCUGGUGGCAUUCCCUACACCCUACUGGCGGAAGCCUGUGUGCCAGCCUUUGUGACCGACAACAAUGCCCUAAUCUUUGAGGAGCACCAGAUCUGCGACAAUGCCAGCCUAAGCAGCACCCUGCUGACGCUGGAGAGUGGUGGCGUGUUCGUGGAAGAUGAAAACCGCUUCUUCUUCUGCAACGUGCUCGUGGGCCACCAGGCCAAAGCACGCUUCAAGAUCAGCAACAUCGGCAAGAUCGCCUGUGAUGUCAACAUCGUGGUCAAACCCGUGUCCUCCAAGAUCUUUGCCCGAAUUAUAGACAUCUUCGACGUGGAGCCCAACAAGAUCUGUGUGGCCAGUCACUCAUCAGCUUUCGCCACUGUCACCUUCACUCCACAGGCCCUACAGACCUACCAGUGCAUCUUUGAGGUCAACCUGGAUGGCCUGCCCAGCAGCCUUACCAAGAACCGCAGCCUCACAUUUGACAUUGUGGGUGAGGGGACUCUCCCACGCGUGACUGUGCUGCGGCCCAUCCUCCAUGACCAAUUUGGGAACCCUCUGAUGCUCUUCAAGAAGCUCCUGCUAGGCCGCUCAGAAGCACAGUCCAUCCAACUCAAGAACACAGGCAACAUCGCAGCCCAGCUGCAUAUUGACCUGAGGGACCCGCUAGGUGUCUACAGCCUGAAAGGGAAGCUCAACACCUCCUACAUCUACCUCAUGGAGGAUAACAAGCCCCAGACUAAGGCAAAGAAAGCUCACACGGCCUCCCUGGUGGUUCCUCCUGGAGAAAUAGCUGAAUUUGACGUCAUUUUACAGUCCCAGAAAGUUGGAAGAAUGACUGGCCAAAUACAUUUGUCUGUGGUCCACAAUCAAUAUGAAGAGACCAACAUCCACCUGGUGGGAGAGGGCUAUGAGGAUGAUAUCACCGUGGACAAUAUCCAUGGGCUGUUGACUUCUAUCAGCCAAGAGAAUGACAUUUCUUUGAGUGCAGAGGAAAGCACUAUAGAUGAUUUGGUGGCAGUUGCCAUGAUAGAUCACAUCCAGUUCGGGGACUGCCACGUUGGAAAUAGUUAUACCCUGAGCUUCACCCUCACUAACCACAGCAAAGUGAAUGUGAUACGGUUUGAGUGGCCUACCUUGUUCACCAUUUCUUUCUCCCCACAGAUUGGCCACCUUCACCCAGAGUGUGCUAAGGACAUAGUGGUGACCCUGAAGUCGGACCUGCCCAUCUCCCUAAAGAAGUUGGGUGUCAAGUGCAAGAUCUCUAAGAUACUGUUCCAGCUUCCAACAGACCAGGUUCCCGACUGGGAUGACCGGAUGCGAACAGUCAAGUGGGUAGACACACCCCGAACCACAUCCGGUGUCUUCACCGCCAAAUGCAAAGUGAUAGAGACAGACCCUGAACCUGCCCACAGCAUCGUAGAGGAAAACCACCAAGACCUGCAGAUCCAAGUCAGUGCCAACGUGAAUUUUGCCCAAUAUGAGUGCCAGAAGUACGACAUACGCUUUAAAGAGACGCUAGUUUACCAGACUCGUGUUUUUGAGAUCAAUCUGACCAACACGGGAAUGGUGAAGCUGGAGUUUAGCUGGACCUCUGAGGAGACCGGAAAGAUCGUCAGCUUCGCAAUGCCCGAAAGCCUGGGGUCUGCUCAAAGACUCCAGCUGAGCCAGGGCACCCUGCCCACGGGCAGUACCAUUGAAAGCACCGUGGACCGCUGGCCAGAGACCACUGUGCCCCCCUUCUCUGUGGAGCCCUCCUCAGGAGUGAUACCUGCAGGGAAGACACAGCAGUUCAACGUGAAAUUCUCCCCAGUGGAGGUUGGAGACUUCGAGAGCAACCUGUACUGCCUGAUUCCCAACCUGCCACCUGGCGAGCAAGGCCCCACUGUGACUACAAAAGGGCGGAGCUGCCUGCCAUACUGCCACUUUGACCUGAAGGACUCCAACUACAUCAGUGGACACCGGCGUGCCUUGGACCUCCGGGGCCCAGGUGGAGGGCCCCUAGACCCGGCCACACGGGUGAUCGAGUUCAACAGCGUGGGCAUCGGUGGGAAGACUAUCCAGAGUUUUACGAUCCUGAACCCCACCAGUAGCGCCUAUUCCUUCUUCUGGGUCCCAGAAGAAACGGAGAGUCUCCAGAACCCUCCAGCCUUCACCUGCCUCACGGAGAAGGGCAACAUCUACCCAGACAAGAGGGCUGAGAUCAUUUUCCAUUUCACACCUUCCCACCUGGACAUCACAGAAGCCUUCUGGACCUUCUCAAUCCCUGAACACAACAUCACAGUCCCUUUCCUGCUGGUUGGGCAAGCCACCGACCCACUGCUCAAAUUGAACAAGGCCCACCUCAACUUUAGCAGCCUCCUCAUCGGCAGGGAAGCCCGGGAGAGUGUGACCAUCAUCAACAAGGAGAACCAGAGCUUCCAGUUCACCUUCCUGGACUCUUCCCGGUAUUCCGAAGGUUAUGGCAACUGCUUGGUUGUGUCUCCCAUGGAAGGCUGGGUUCCCCCAAAGUCCAGUUUUCCCAUCGAUAUUUUCUUCACACCGAAGCUGGAAGGAGAAGUGAACUUUAAUCUGAUCUGCAAUGUGAAAAGGAAAGUCAACCCUCUGACCUUAAAUGUGAAGGCUGAGGGAUAUGCUACAAAUGUGGAGGUCAAGUUCAAAGACAGCUCCGGCACCAACAUAGUCUUGACUCCCAACCAGACCAACACGAUCAACUUCUAUGAGGUGGAGGUAAAUGAAUGUGUCCAGUAUGAAUUCACUUUUAUCAACAUGGGCAAGUUUAGCUUCAGCUUCCAGGCAGAGCUAAGUGGCUCAAAAAUUCUGCUGCAGUACUUGGAGUUUUCCCCUAUAGAGAGCAAUGUGGAUGCAGGCCAGACUGCACAUGCAUCCCUGCUCUUCCAGCCCACCAAGAAGUGUGUUCUCAAGGGCUUGGAACUCAAAUUCAAGAUCAGCCAUGGGCCAACAUUUGUGUGUAGCAUUAUAGGUAGUGCUGUGACCCCUGCCGUGCAAUUCUCCUUCACCAGCUACAACUUUGGCACCUGCUUCAUCUACCAAGCUGGCAUGCCCCCCUAUAAACAAAGCCUGUUCAUUACCAACAAAGAAGAAAACUCAAUGAGCAUUGAUUGCCUGUACACCAACACCAGCCACCUCGAGGUGAACUUCCACAGGGAUGUGAUCAAGCCAGGGAAGACACUGGAGGUGCCCAUAGUCUUCUACCCCCGGGACAGCAUUGCUUACCGAGAGCUCGUCCCCUUCGAGAUCAACGGGCUUUCCCAGCAGCUGGUGGAGAUCAAAGGGAGCGGGACAGAGCUGAAGAUCAUAGUCGUGGAGCCUCGCAGCAAGGUAGUGAAGCUGGGUGCAGUCCAGCCAGGCCAGGUGGUGAAGAAGACGGUAUGCCUCCUCAACAGCAGCCUGGCCCCUAUUACCUUCAACCACUCCUUGCUCUUCUCCAGUCCCGAGCUCCAGGAGCCCAAGGUCAUCACACUGAUCCCCUUCUACAACAUCACCCUGAAGCCCAAGGAAGUAGAGAAGCUGGAAGUCACCUUUGCCCCAAAGAAGCGCAUCCCUCCCUUUUCAGAGGAGGUGUUCAUGGAGUGUCUGGGACUCCUGCGCCCCCUCUUCCUGCUCAGCGGCUGCUGUCAAGCCCUGGAGAUCUGCCUGGAACAGGACCAUCUGUCUUUUGGGUCCGUCGUGUGUCAGACACAGGCCUCACGACGCAUCCUCAUGCAGAACACAGGCGAUCUGGGUGCCAAGUUUAAAUGGGAUGUGAAGAAAUUUGAGCCCCACUUCUCCAUCAGCCCAGAAGAAGGCUACAUCACUGCAGGCACGGAUGUUUCUUUCGAAGUGACCUACCACCCCACCGAGGUGGGCAAGGAGAAUAUCUGCAAGCAGCUGCUCUGCACCAUCCAGGGCUCCAGUCCUCUCAGCCUGACCCUGACUGGAACAUGCGUGGGGCCACCUUCAGCCAAAGAGGUGGUGAAUUUCACCUGCCAGGUGCGCUCCAAGCACACGCAGACCAUCAUGCUUUCCAACCGAACCAACCAGACCUGGAACCUGCACCCCAUCUUUGAGGGUGAGCACUGGGAGGGGCCCGAAUUCAUCACCCUGGAGCCCCAUCAGCAAAAUAAGCCCUAUGAGAUUACCUACAGACCUCGCACCAUGAACGUGGAAAACCGCAAACAUCAGGGCAGUGUCUUCUUCCCCCUCCCGGAUGGCACUGGUUGGCUCUACUCCCUGCACGGCGUCUCGGAGCAGCCCAAGGCCGUGGCUAAUAUCUACCGCGAGGUGCCCUGCAAGACGCCCUACACGGAGCUCCUGCCCAUCAACAACUGGCUCAACAAGCCCCAGAGAUUCCGGGUGAUUGUGGAAAUGAUAAAACCAGAGAAGCCUGAUCUCAGUGUCACCCUCAAGGGCCUUGAUUACAUUGACGUGCUGUCUGGGUCCAAGAAGGACUACAAGUUGAACUUCUACUCCUACAGGGAAGGAAUGUACUCUGCAAAGGUGAUCUUCCGGAAUGAGCAGACCUCUGAGUUCUUGUUCUACACGGUGAGCUUCAAGGCCAUCCCAUCAGGCGUCAUCAAAACCAUCGAGAUGGUAAGCCUCGUUCGCCAGAGCACCUCGGCCUCUAUCAAGUUGGAGAACCCACUGACCACCCCCGUGACCUUCUCCGUGGACUGCAGGUUGCCCGACAUCAGUCUGCCCACCCAGUUCACCAUGCCUGCCAACUCUGAGAGCAUGUUCUCCUUCGAGUUCCAGCCCUUAAAGGCUGGCGAGUCCUUUGGGAAGCUAACACUACACAACAAUGACCUGGGCUACUACUUCUAUGAGCUCAGCCUGAAAGCCCUGCCUGCCCUGCCCGAGAAGCCCGUCUACUUCCAAGUUGUCUUGGGCAGCAGCCAGAGCAUCUUUGCCAAGUUCAUCAACUACACCCGGCAGAAGACGGAAUACUACUGCAGGACCGACUGUCCGGACUUCCACGUGGAAAAGGUCAUCAUUGCACCCCCGGGGGCCCAAGGAGGCACGGAGGUCAGCGUGGAGGUAUACUUCGAGCCCAGCCGCCUGGGGGAGACCAAGGGCCUCCUGCAGCUGACCUCGCUCAUAGGCGGCGAGUAUAUCAUCCCUCUCUUCGGAAAAGCGCUGCCCCCCAAGCCCCAGGGUCCCUUCCUCAUCCGCGCGGGCUACAACAUCCUCAUCCCCUUCAAGAACGUCUUCUUCCAAGCUGUCACCUUCUCCUUUGCGGUGGAGCACCCCGCCUUCACCAUCCGCGCCAUGGAGCUCAUGCGGCCCAAGAAGAUCAACAACAUUGCUGUCUCUUUCGAGGGCAACCCCUCCAGCAGCAAGGCCCCGAUCACCAGCAAGCUCAUCGUGUCGUGCCCCCCGAGCGAAGGCAAUGAGACAGGCGUGCAGUGGGUGUACUACCUGAAGGGCAUCACACCCUAACGCUGCUGGCACAUCCAUCCCUAAGACCCCCUUCCUAGUUCAGACCGAAGCUCCAAGUCCUGCUGUCUCUACCCUGAAAUGAAAUGCCUCUGCUCCUGAGGAUGUCU